AUGGUCACCGUCGCUCUCCAGACUCCGCUAGCGGAGGCUUUGAGCAAUGCUAUCCAACCAAAGCUAGUUGAAAUGGGCUGGAGCUCUGAUAGCAGCGACUUCGCGUUGACGGAAUAUGUCAUUUUGAUGCUCGUCAAUAGCAAGACUCAAGAACAGAUCGCGAGCGAGCUUUCCAACGAUUUGCUUGGACUCGACGAAGGCGAUACACAAGCUUUGGACUUUUCAAGAUGGCUUUUUGAGCAGGUCGAGCUGCUCGAUCAGCAGAUCAACGGCCAGAGUGUACCGGCGUUCAACGAGAACGCACCCGCGCAAGCGAUCCCAUCAUUCAACGACCAAGAAACAGCAACACCUCAGCCCCAAGGCUCAGAAGGAGGUACCCAGAGUGAUGAUCUGAGCAUGGGGGACGCAGGAGAUGGAAUACCCACCGGACCGAAAUCCAUGCGCAACGGUCGCCAGGCUGGAAGGGGGAGGAUGCUGAAUCAGAUCAACAGAAACCUGGAGCGCGGCGAUCCCGGCUUGCAUCGUAUUCGCGACCAGACUGGCGCCGGCCGAAUAAACUCGCAUGGCCGCGGCCCCAACAAGGGGCGCUUUGGCCAGAAUGUCAACGGGAGGAUGUACGGAGGACGUCAGAUGGGCGGAAUGGGCAUGGGCAACAAUCAGAUGGGCGGAUCAGGCAACUUAAUGAACAUGAAUCCUAACGACCAAAUGCACCUCAUGUCUCUCCUUGAGGAACAAGCGAGGAUGAUGUCGCAGCUCAUGCCUGGCUUUGUCCCUCCUGCGAUCAACCCGGCUUUUCAGCAGAAUGGCCCUCAGCGUUCAUUAUCCGAUCGUGUCGAGCGUCCAAGGGGCAACCGACCCUACGGAACCUUUGGCAACCGAGCGCAACACUCGAAUUCAGGAGAUGUCGACACCGACAUGGAUACAAGUCCAGACCAGGGCACUCAAAUUGGCGGUCAAGAUGAGAAUAAUACCGAUAGCGUUUGCCACUUCAACCUUCGAUGCACGAGGAAGGAUUGCCCCUUCGCACAUCAAUCCCCCGCUGCCCCGGAGGGCACCCCUGUGGAUGUCUCGGAUCCAUGCUCAUAUGGGGCCGCCUGCAAAAACCGGAAAUGCACCGCACGACACCCCUCUCCCGCAGUAAAAUCAGCCCACCAAGGACUGGAGUUAUGCAGAUUUUUUCCUCAUUGCACAAAUCCUCAUUGCCACUUCAAACACCCCUCUAUGCCGCUCUGCCGUAACGGUGCCGAUUGCUCUGUUGCUGGCUGCAAGUUCACGCAUACUCAAAUUCCCUGCAAGUUCAAUCCUUGCCUCAAUCCUUCUUGCUCUUACAAGCACGCCGAGGGGCAACGUGGUGCCUUUACCGACAAAGUCUGGACUUCAAACUCGGCGGAGCAGGAUAAGGCACGUGUCAGUGAGAGAAAGUUCGUGAACGAUGAGGAUGCUCCGGAAGAAUUGAUCAAACCUGCCACUGGAGCGGACAGCUCGUCACAGGAGAUCGUGACAUAG